GCAACCAAGAAAGACGGAGUGAGAGAGCAGUAUCUUCCUUCUACAUCGUAUGGAAGACUGGAGCUGUAGCUCCACGCCCUGUUCAAUCAAGACUGUUUUGAAAUGUGACAUUGGACGGCCUGAACAUGUCGAGCUCCACGGCCUCCUACGACCAGCUGGUCCGGCAGGUGGAGGACCUGCGGAAGGAGAACACCCACCUGCGCCGGGAGCUGGAGGACAACUCCACCCACCUGUCCAAGCUGGAGAACGAGACCUCCAGCAUGAAGGAGGGCCUGAAGCAGCUGCAGUGUAAACUCGAGCAGGAGGCUCGGUCUAUGGCCUCCAGUGGGAGGACCGACACACUGGACCAGCUGAGAGAACUACAGAUGGAUUUGACCCACUACUAUGAGCUGAAAUACCAGCCACACAACCUGCGGGCACUCUCAGACGGACAGCAGGCACGGGCCAAUGAGGGUGCAGACAGGCUGCCUCUCCCCGCCUCCGUCACUGGGAGAGACAGGAGCCCCCUGCGCCCCCCUGUCACCCACCAGGGUUCCUCUGUUUCGGGGGAGGGGACAGCCGUGCACCCGGGACCCCCGCACCUCCUGGAGGGGGCUGAGGGCCGGGUCACUGCGCAGCACCUGGAGGAGUUGCUGAAAGAGAGGACUCUGCUACUGAGGGAGAUUGAGAGAGAGGAGAGAGAGCGGUGUUGGUACUAUGCCCAGCUCCAGGCGCUGUCACGGCGACUGGCUGAGCUGCCACGCAUUGACACAUUCUCUGUGCAGAUAGAUCUGAUUCGACAGCAACUGGAGUUUGAGGCCCAGCAGCUGCGUUCGGUGAUGGAGGAGCGGUUUGGAACCAGUGAUGAAAUGGUGCAGAGGACCCAGAUCCGAGUGGCGCGUCUGGAGCAGCUGGAGAAGGAGCUGCAGGACGUCCAGGACCCUGAGGAGAGGAGCACCCCCUCAGAGAGCCAUGGAGGGGUGCGGGGCGGGACUAAUGGCGGAGGAAAGACUGAAGCCGAGAAUGCAUCCCUCAGCUCAGUAGCUGAAGUACCUGGAGAUACAGGAAGCAAAGUUGAGAUGGUGUUCUGGCUGCUGUCCAUGCUGGCCACCCGUGACCGGGAGGAGAUGACCCGCACAUUGCUCGCCAUGUCCAGCUCCCAGGACAGCUGCCUCGCCAUGCGCAAGUCCGGCUGCGUGCCCCUGCUGGUGCAGAUCCUGCACGACGGGCCAGGGGGCGCUGGUGAGGCAGCUGGGGGCACCGGGUGCAGCAGCCGGGAGGCGCGGUCUCGGGCGGGGGCCGCGCUGCACAACGUGGUGUACUCCCAGCCGGACGAGGGGCAGGCCCGGCGGGAGAUGAGGGUUCUGCAUGUGCUGGAGCAGAUCCGAACCCACUGCGACACCGGGUGGGACUGGAUUGAGAACCAUCUGGGAACGCCCUCACCUGGAGGAAACAAAACCACAGCCAUCCCAGAGCCACUGGAGCCCCAGAUCUGCCAGGCCAUGUGUGCCAUCAUGAAGCUGUCUUUCGAGGAGGAGUACCGGCGCGCCAUGAACGAGCUGGGGGGGCUGCAGGCUGUAGCGGAGCUGAUCCAGCUGGACCAGGAGCUGUACGGCAUGCAAAACGACCCUCUCAACAUGGCGCUGCGCCGCUACGCCGGCAUGGCGCUAACCAACCUCACAUUCGGGGACGUGGUCAACAAGGCUACUCUGUGCUCCAGGAGAGGAGCACUGCAGGCUGUUGUUGCUCAGCUUGCGUCAGACAGCGAGGAACUGCAUCAGGUGGUGUCCAGCAUUCUUAGGAACCUGUCCUGGCGUGCGGAUAUCAACAGCAAGAAGGCACUGAGGGACGUGGGGAGCGUGGCGGCGCUGAUGAACUGCGCAUUGCAGGCCACCAAGGAGUCCACCCUGAAGAGUUUGCUGAGUGCCCUGUGGAACCUGUCUGCCCACAGCACAGAGAACAAGGAGGCCAUCUGCUCUGUGGAUGGGGCACUCGGGUUCCUGGUCAGCACACUCACCUACAGGUGCCAGACCAACCAGCUGGCUGUCAUGGAGAGCGGUGGAGGUAUCCUGCGUAAUGUGUCCAGCCUGAUCGCCACCCGCGAGGAUUACAGACAAGUCCUGAGGGACCAUAACUGCCUGCAGAUUCUGCUGCAGCACCUGCGCUCCCACAGCCUGACCAUCGUGAGCAAUGCCUGCGGCACCCUGUGGAACCUGUCGGCCCGCAGCCCUGUGGACCAGGAGCUGCUGUGGGACCUGGGGGCGGUCAGCAUGCUGCGCAACCUCAUCCACUCCAAGCACAAAAUGAUAGCCAUGGGGAGUGCGGCGGCCCUGCGGAACCUCCUGACCAACCGCCCCCUGAAGUACAAGGACGCAGCGGUUGUGUCCCCUGGGUCCUGUGCCCCUUCCCUCUACAUGAGGAAGCAGAAGGCCCUGGAGGCGGAGUUAGAUGCCAAGCACCUGGCUGAAACCUUUGAGUCGAUAGAAAAGAGGAGUGCCAAGCACCCCAGGCUCAUCAAACCCCUCCGGCAAAUUGAGAGCCUGGCGAAGGACUACGCCUCUGACUCGGGCUGCUGCUUCGAGGACGAUGAGGCCACCAACGCCUCCGUCAGCCUGGAUACGGGAAGCUUCUCCAUGCUGUCUGUGUUCUUCAACAACCCCAAUGUCCCACCAGGCCGGCCCUGCAAGAGAGGCAGCGACCCUGAGCGGGAUGCCGCCCUGCAGCCAGAUCACGCUGAGACCGCUGCUCCGGACGGGUACAGGGAUGGGGAUGCGUCUGCUCUGGCGGAGAAGCUCGCCAAAAAGACGGCCCGCACUCCAAGCAAGAUGGACCGGCUGAUGGAUGAUGCCAUGGUGCACACGUCCUCUGAGGACAGCUUUAGCCUCAGCUCAGAGGACCACCUGGUGGACUGUCAUUAUGGCGCGGAUGAGUCUCACGAAGCCAGAGCCAAAUCUUGCUCUCCCUGCCGUCUCUGGGACAGUGGCAGCUUCAAGCAGAGGGAGCGGGUGAACAACAACCAUGCCCUCAUGCGCCUGAAAAAGGAGCAUACAAGCCUGUCGACUGACAGUCUGAACAGUGGCAGCGGCAGCGCCAGCGACGGCUACUGUGGCAGCAAGGACAAGAUCCAACCAUCGUCAGGUUCAGGAAACAUACAGAAACGGCCUGAUAAGCUGGACCUAAAGGAGGCGCUCUACAGUGAUCCCAGAAAGGAACAGCGCUGUGUCCCGAAUAACACCUUCGACGUUGAGCUGCCAGAGAGAGACUCAGAGGAGAGUAAAGGGGAACAAACACCAAUAGUGUGUGGUACAGAUGAGAAGAGUCAAGAAACACCACAGCCAACACCCUCUGCUGUAUCAGACAAAGCCCCCGCUGAAGCUAACACACCCACAAUCAAGCUGUCCCCCUCUUAUCAACACGUCCCGUUUAUCCAGAGCAUGGCUAAAUUUGGGGUUGGCAAGAAUUCGAUCGAUGUUCAGGCACCUCAGAGCUUGAGGAGGCAAGCCUGGGUGCCAACCGUGCUGACAGGUGGGAGUAUGAGCAAGCUGUCCCCGGCUAGCUGCACAUGGAGCCCCUCCCUGGGGCAGAUGGAGACUCUACAGAGGUACUCUGUGGAGAACACACCCAUCUGCUUCUCCCGCUGCAGCUCUUUGUCCUCCCUGUCCUCCGCUGAUGGGGCUGUAGAUGGCCAGAGCCAGAGCCAGAUUGAGAACGAGCUGGACAGCGAUGCUUCCCUGGAAAUAAUCGAGGUGGAGGAGGGGGACCUUGUCAAGAGGGAAGAGGGUGAUGACACCUUGGAGGACCUGAGUGAGAGCCAGUCACUGGUCACGGACCGUAAGACGUGCGAGAGCAGCAGCAGUGGCGCUGGCCCUGCUUCCCAACCCGUUGAGAUUCCCUGCCCCAUCAAACGUGAGAAAGUCUUCCUUCGACAGGAGGACAGGACGCCAUCUAGUCCCUCUGAGAAUUGCAUCCAUGAGAGCCCGCUGGUACUGAGCCGGUGCAGCUCCGUCAGCUCCCUGGGCAGCUUUGAGUCUCCCUCCAUCGCCAGCUCCAUACAGAGUGACCCCUGCAGUGAAAUGAUCAGCGGGACCGUCAGCCCGAGUGACCUGCCCGACAGUCCCGGUCAGACCAUGCCCCCGAGUCGUAGUAAGACCCCCUGCUGCCCCGCAGACCAAGGAGGUCAGGAGACUCAGGCGGCGGGGUUGAUGGGGCCGCAGUGGGAGAGCAGUUGGCGGAAGUUUGCAGAGAUCGCCGACUUCAGGGAAAGGUUCAACCUCCCCCCGGAUCUGGACAAUAUGAUCUACUUCACCGUGGAAAAGCCCACAGAGAACUUCUCAUGCGCCUCCAGCCUGAGUGCACUGCCUCUUCAUGAGCACUAUGUCCAGAAAGAUGUGGAGCUCAAACUCACGCCUCUUCUCCAUCAGCGGGGGGGCAACAACUCCUGGGAUGAGCAAGGAAGGGAGCAUCCCUCUGUCCUGGACAUGGAGACUCAGGCAGAGAGGUACAGCGAAGGCAACUCUGAUGACGACAUAGAAAUCCUGAAGGAGUGCAUCAGCUCUGCAAUGCCAACCAGAUUCAAUAAGACCAGAACCUCCUUCAUGUCUGGCAUUCCAAGACAAGUCUUGAACUCCCGAGCUCGAAUGUCUACGCAGCUGCCCAUUUACAUGCUGCUUCCUUCACAGACAAUUCAGAAGUGUCCUGGUGGAAGGCCUGGGAUGCAGGAAAAAGACUUUUACCAGGAUGACUCCUCCUUCACCGAUUCAGCAGAAGGCACCCCGAUGAAUAUCUCCAGCACCACAUCCCUGAGUGGUGAAACCCAGCGCUCAAAGGAACGCUCGCCUUUGAGACUGGACAAUCGGGAGCCGGUGGAUGAAGAUGCAAAAAGGAUCGAGGAUCUACGGAAAUUCUCCCGCUAUCACAGGCCGGCUGGAAUGAUGGGUCAAACACUCAUGAUGAACAACCAAAUGAACAGAGUGAUAAGACGGGUGAUGCCGGCACAGAGGAUUCAGAUGGGAGGUCAACAGACAGCAGCAACGAUGUCUCAGGUUCGAGGCAGACUGAACCAUCUUGUCCAGAGGCAUGAUCUGAGUCAGCCCAGGAAUGGGCCACUUGUUAGCCUGCCAGUCAUAAAGCAGAGCACGCAGCCCUGCCAGAACCAAAAAGCACUGCAGCAGCAGCAGUUCGCUCAGCGUAACUUAACAUUCCAGACAAGGCGUCAAAUACCUCCUAUUGAUGAACUCGUCUGCUGCUCUUGUGGUGAUCACACAGAUGCAAAUGAGGAGGGCAAAAUGACAAAUAGGGAGGGGGUGACGACAAACACAGGAAGCAAGAAUGUUGUGACCCAAAGGGUGUCUAACGCGAACAAAGUCCAAAUGGCUCAUAACAGUUUUGCUGGUAAGAUCAAGCAUUCAAAUGAGACCCCCUCCCGUCAUUCCCUCAGUUCUUCCCUUAGAUCACUUAACGAUGUCAACCUUGAUGAAAAUCAAGGGAAAGUAUGGACAAGAAGUAGGCAUUACAUGACAUCCACCUACACCCGCAGUUCCGCAAAGCUCCCAAACAACCACAACCAGUAUGAGCGGGAGAGCUCUCCGAGCUCUGUCAGCCUGGAUUCAGAAGAUGACCUGCUGCAAAAGUGCAUCACCUCUGCUAUGCCUGCGCAGAGGAAGAGGCACUCCACACGGAAGAGGAAAACAGACAGGAGGCAGAAACCUAAGAGUGAUGCGCAGAAAAACUUUGACAGCUGGGACUCGGACAGAGAUUUGAGGAGUGAUGAGAUGCCGUCCGACAAAGACUCAGACCUCAACAGUGUCGAGUGGCGGGCCAUACAGGAGGGAGCUCACUCCAUUGUGAUGCGGCUACAGGCUGUAUCCAAGUCCCAAGAGCCGUCGUCGGAGUCCGAGUCGACCCUUUCACUUAUGUCCGGCAUGUCUGCGGGAUCCAGCCUCAAUACUAAACAAGAAAAGGGCAACAAAAAGAAGACAGGCAAAGGCCAAAACAACAAAGGAACCAAAUUUACAGAGGGUAGAAACAUAGGGAAGCCUCUCGAUUUCUCCCAGCGCAAACCAGUUCCAAAUAUGCCCAUGAUCUUCAGAGGAAGGACAGUGAUCUACACACCUAAGAAAGAGACACCUUCACAAAGACCACCUCCGAAGAAAGUGCCGUCCAAGACAGAGACCCCGCCAAAGAACCCUAACCUAGCCCAACACAGGUCAAAGAGCCUGCACAGAUUAGGGCAACCGAGUGACACUUCUGAAUUUUAUUUGCCUAAAAGGAGCUCCACACCUCCAGCAAGGAUACCCAAGAGUUCAUCAUCUGGAUCAUCUUCAAACUCUACACUGUUGAAACAGUCUCAGAAGAAACCCAGCUCCCCCUCACCAACAGACAAGCCUAUUCAAAAGAAAGCAACAAAAGUUGCAAAGGACACAUGCAAUCAGAAGGAGACCACCUCUACAUCUUCUGCACAAAGGCUGGCAAACUCCAAACCUCCAGUGGAGAGGAAAACACACAAGUCACCUGUUCGGAUUCCUUUCAUGCAGAAUUCAACCAGACCACCAGCGCCUUCAAGGACCAUCUCUCCAUUAGUCACUAACCAGCCCUCUGGCAUCAGCAGGCAAAACACUGAACUGUCUGGGAAACAAACCCCACCUGCCAGCCGCUUGGGUCUUGUACGUAUGGCCACUGCUCGGUCAAGCCGCAGCGACUCAGACCGCAAUGGCUUUCUGAGACAGCUGACCUUCAUCAAAGAGUCACCCAAUGCCUCAAGACGUGAGGUACCCGGCUCACGAUCCGUGCCGACCUCCCAGUGUGCAUCUCCCCGCAGGGCACGUCAAAAUGCGCCGGCUGUGUUCCUCUGCUCAUCCCGCUGCCAGGAGCUGAAGGCCAGCACUCAAGGGCAGCAGAAAACGCAAGUAAGAGACCAGGGCCAGCGGCAAAUGCGAGGCCAGGUGCCGGAGCAGGGAGUGUUGAGAAGGGGUCCCGGUCUUUCCAGAACCAGCUCCAGCGACCGGGAUCUCUCGGUGAAACGUCCAGUCAGAAGAGCCGGAUCUGAGAGCCCGUGCAGAUUGCCUCAGGUGGAGGCCCCGCGGAACAGGCCACGGGAGAAUGAGACAUUCAAGCGGUACUCCUCAUCUCCCAGCAUAAACGUCCUAAACAGGACGACCAGCCGAUCUUCCAUGAGGUCCUCAUCCUCAGACUCCAGCGGGAGGGCAAGGAGCGAGGCGGGAGGCACGAGGGGGCAGCAGCCAGGAUCACGAGCCGAUGACAGAGUCACCUGGAGGAGGAUUCGGGACGAGGAUGUGCCUCACAUCUUGAGGAGCACUCUGCCGUCUACUGCGCUGCCCCUGGUGCCUUCUCCAGACGGACAAAACCCACCACUGCCAGGGAAGCUUCCUACUAUUCCAUCACCAUCCCGAAAAACAAGCGAUGCCACAGUACAGACGGAGGACCUCUCCAACAACAAGACCAAUUCAAGCACCUCCCCCACCUUGGAGAAAGCUCCUGUAACUUCCGGGGAGAAGGCCAAGGCGGCUCUCCUGAAGAGGAUCAGCCUGACCUCAGGAAGCAGUGUCCAGGUGCAGGAAGGCGAUUUGGAUGGAUCCUUGAAGAUCCCUGCCUCCACUUCUCACUUGGUGGAAGGGCACAGUGGGGGAGGUGUUGGGCACUUCCGCCAGAGCUGCCCCAGCAAGGCGGUCAUUGUUACCCCUUUCAACUACAUCCCCAGUUCCACAACCGCCGGAUCCCAAGACAACCAAGCCCGAGCUCCAAAACUCAGCCAGAAGUCAGAGGAGGAACUUCAGCCUCAGUGAAGUGCACAGAAAGUAAUGUCUGUCCAUGAACUCAAAUUACCUUUAUUGUUCCUACAACUUUAAGCACUCAGGUGGUUUUCUGAUAAAGACGUAUCAACCCUUAUACCUCUGGAAUCUAACAUUUCUAAUACUAAUACUGCAUUCAGGAAUUAUCCGUCCUUAAGGAUGCACACAGAUAACCUUAAAUGACUAGACUCAAAGUACUACUGUCUGAGGAAAUUUAUGAACAACCUCUUCUGAUUUCAGUGUUACAAUAUGUUAGUUGUAUGUGUUAGCUGUAUGUACACACAAAACUAUUCAUGCGUCACCUGUGGCUGAUGAAAACACUGGAGCGAAGGGGAUGCUUUGGAUGGAAGUUGGAUCUGUUGGAAUCUGUUAAAAUCUGUUGGAACUAUACCUUAUUUUCUACUUUUCAUAUUUGCACACAUACCUUUGCCUGUUUGAUGUGUAUUGACGUAUUGUGUAAAAAAGAAAAAAAUAUACUAAAAAUGUCUUCAGAUUUCUGGACACAAACAUGCUGUCAGUGGAACUGGUAAUUACCACAGCUGGAACUCAUGAUAUGCAAAUUACUGGCACAGAACCCAGCUUGCUUAAAUACAAGUAUAUGUCGAUAUAAUCACUUUGUCUCUGGAGAAACAUUUAAAAGUGGAACUGUUAAAGUAGGACAGGUGAACAAUGAAAGAGAUCUGACAAAGAAAGGACUACUGCCCGCACUUGAGCAUAGCACCUUCUUGGGUAUGGUAAGACUUUGUUGGGCCAUUGCCCUUGACCAGAGACUCAUACUGAGAUACUAUGCUGCCAUCAUAGUUCACUCCAAAUGAUCUGUUCUGCUGGAAACUUAUGUAAAACACUGCCUUUAGCCGGAUCGAUUAUUAAUCUCCUGUAGAUCUGCCAACAAGCCUCCUGUUGAGAAGACAACACAUUACUGCCACACUCUACUGCACAGAAAUCAUAUCCCACCUGAACAGCUAGUGGAUGUUGGACUGGAGUUGUUUCUCAGCAACAUUCACCAAAUACGGGGAAGAUGGGGCGGGGUUCCAUUGCUGGCAUUACAACUGUCAAACUGAAAGCCACACAAAAAAAGCAUCGUUCCUGCAGUCAUUCCUGAAUUAACCUUGUGACUGUAAUUUUUCCACAGAAAACAGUAAGCUAUAGAUUACUGUGUAUAGUAUGCUGUGUUUAAUGUUAUUGUGUUGGCCUCUAGAAUCAAAUAACUAUAAUCAAAAGCAAAAAAGUGUUUGUGGUAACUGUGGGAUGUUACGAACAGCAGAUAUUGAGUGCAGUUAGACAGGAUUCUGAUAAAUGUGUUAGUGGCUGCUUUUACUUGUAAGAGUUUGAACGGCUGUAAUAUUUUUGCCCCAGCAUGUAUUUGUAAAAAAUGAAGAAAAGAUACAUCUACGCUCUCAGCUGAUACACAGAGACCGAAUUGCAGAAUCAUCCAAGUCAACAUGCUGAUGUUUACAUGUCAGAAAAAAAGACCGUACAAAUAAGAGUAUGAAUGAGCUGGUCAAAAGAUCACAAUGCAUUUUUACAGUUUUAUGGAUUGUGCUCAAUGAACAGAAUGAUCCAUCCAGAUGAUGUAAAGAUCAGCAGAUAUGCACAGCAUUGACCUGAAAUGAGUGCGCUGUACUUGAGAAGCAAAGGACAGCUGUGGUCAUGGACCAGAGUCUCAUUCUCAGCCAUUAAUCCAGGGUUCCCACUCAAAUCAGAUUAGUACUUUCCAUGAUUUUGAAUGUUUUAAGGAUAAAUAUAAAAUUUUGAUAUUUUUUUUUUAUUGUGGCAAUGGUAAAAGUUGUGAGAUACCGAGGUACUUUGAAGAUGAAUUUGUAGGGGAAAUGAAUUUUGAGACAUGUUACUUUAAAAAUAUUUUUUAUCUUUUUUUUGAGGGGGGGGGGUGGUUAAAGUGAGAUAUUUUAGCACUUGUCUUUUCUGUGACUUUUCAAUGACCCUCUCGGUUGACAAUACUUUACGCAGUUCUCGAAGAUCAUGGAUAGACUGGGUUGAAUUUUGCAAAGCAUCACUUCACCUGGUGUUUAAGGUGUAAAAGACCUGUUUAUUGAAGGUGAAACCCCAAAGGAAUCUAGCACCCCAGGACUGAAACUGCCAAUAAUUUGCCAUUUUGAUUAGCUACUGUACAUCUUACAAUUUACCCUUCCCUAACAUCUAUCAGUCUACAUUCCUCUAUUGUACCUGCAUUGCAGCUAGAGGGCGCCAGUUGGUAUGUUGAGAUCAGGUAGGUGGCUUCUGGUUAGCAGUUUGAUCCUCCACAUGAGUUCUGUUUCAGUAUUAUGCACUUCCAUAACUAGGAAGGUAAUACUAAAGAGGAAACUGAAAGAAGUGUUAAUUUCUUUGUUGUACUAUAUGGAACUGCAACCCCUUUUAAUGUAUUUUGCCUGUAACCGCUUAUGGUUUUGGAUGAAGUUGAAAAUUGAAUUGCUGGCCAUCUGAGAGGCAAUGGCUGAUGUAUUUGUACU